AUGAAAUUUAUCCAACUGUACCAUUCACUCUUCCGACUACCAUACAAUCUGCAUAUCUGGAUCAGUAUCACUCGGGUGUUGACAAGCAUUUGCCUCCUCAGUGCUCAACUUUACCUCAAUUGGGGCCCAGGAGAGCGCGUCCUGAGAGCUAUCUUUCUUGCUGCUGGAGUAAUUAGUAUUUCCUCGAGCUUAAUCUCACCCGGUCUUGUCCUGAGCCACCGGCUCAGAAGACCCCCGGAUGAAGAAUCGUCAACCAGCUAUAAGCCUGACACCAAGACCUGCCCUUUUAUAUGUCAUUCCAACGAGGGCUACUAUCUGGCUAGCGCUGCAAAGAUCUCCUGGGGCCUAUGCAGUUUAUUUCUAGCUUUUGUGAUUAGCAUACUUACAGCAGUAUUGUCUAUUCUGCUGCAUGUCAAUUGUAAAAAAAGCCAAUCCGCCCACUCAAACGAAGCUCCGAGGCCCCCUUGUACUCUCAACAGUAAUGCUCUAUGUAUUGUUGGUGCUCUAUCCAUUUUUUUGAGCCUACUCAAUCUGACUGAUUGUUUAACCUAUGUAUUCACUCUGUGCAAACGCCGCUUGGAUGUACUAGUCGCGCAAAACUGGCCUCUUACUCCCAUUUGUGCUCAUAGAUCCAUCUCUCAACCUUAG